GUGAAGACACACACACACACACACACAAAAACACGCGCAAAGUGGGUGAGCUACGUUGCGUGUCGCAGACUUUUUGUUGUUCUCAUGUGCGUGACGCCGAGCAGCAGUCACUUCCCGCCGGACUAAAGCCUUGAAAAGUUCUCCUCCAGCAAGUAGACGGAUCCCGUUUCACCUAAAAGGAGUGGUGCUGCUGCAGCCAUGCUGAUGUAUGAUUACCCCCUGAAGACAGAUAUGGACACGUCCUUCUACUCAUCGCUGAUGAAGAGCCCCGAGCCGUACGGCGUCAUCUUCUCCCACCCGGCCCAGUUCUACCACCAGAGCCACAUGCAGGCCCUGGCCCAGUCCCACGGCCAGCUGGAGCCCGUGGAUCUGUCCGUCAGCAAGCGCUCGUCCUCCUCCUCGCCGCUGUCCUCCUCCGCCUCCUCGCCGGCGUCCUCGCGCAGCACCCCGCCGUCCCCCUACAGCGCGGCGAGCCGGACGUCCCCGCGCUGCUCACCCCAGCUGGGCCGGCGACACCCCUCGCCGCCCCGCGCCCUCCCGCCGCCCGCCUCCCCGCUGCCGUACCCGACCAUGGUGGCUCCUCUGAUGGGCUCGGGCUCCGGGGUCAUUCAGAGCUCGGGAGGGGUCAUGGUGUCUCCGGUCAUGGUGCCUCUGUCCGUCCUCUACUCCUCCCCUCUGCACCUGCACCAGCCCAUAAUGAUGACCACGCCCGUUACCGCCGACGACCACCACCAUCAUCAUCGAAGCAGAGAGCACAAGACAGUUCCGCCCACCCAGGCUUUUGACGGGCGAGGCGACGCCCACGACCUGCACAGGCCAAUCAAAGCAGAGCCUCGUGCCGAGCUGGUCCACGAGCAGCACGACAUGAAGUCACCAGUCAUCAGAAUACCACAGGACUACGAGUGCAACAACCCGUCCGUCAUCGUUCGCUCGGGUGCUCAGCAUCCUCUCCCGGCAGACUCCCCUGACACCAUGAAGAAGAGGAGGAUCCACCGCUGUGACUUCACGGGCUGCGACAAAGUCUACACCAAGAGUUCUCACCUCAAAGCACACCGCAGGACACACACAGGCGAGAAGCCCUACAAGUGCACGUGGGAAGGCUGCACGUGGAAGUUCGCCCGGUCGGACGAGCUGACGCGACACUACCGCAAGCACACGGGAGUGAAACCCUUCCAGUGUCCCGACUGCGAGCGCAGCUUCUCCCGCUCCGACCACCUGGCCCUGCACAAGAAGCGCCACCUGCUGGUGUGAGAACCAUCGCUCUCUACCACUCAGACUUGUAUAUAUAUUGCUCAGCUUCUACAAACACCUUCAUCACCUGGGGGGACGUGGGUUCUCUAAGAGGGGUCCCCGGCAGCUCAGCUGGCUUGAGAGUGCUUCCCCCUUGUGGCCGUGGAAAGCACUGCAAGCCUGGCUGCACAAAGGGCAUUAUUGUUUCCCCUUCUCACAUACAAGACCAACUAAAGCUACGCAGGGCUCGCUUUUGACACUUGCCACCAUGUUGUUUUAUCACAAAGAGUUACAUACGAGUGAAAAGUGCGAUAUCUAACAUUUCAACUCCUUCUGUAAUCCUCUGUAAUGUUUGAUCGCCUCAUAUCCACCUUUCAUUUCUUCAAGCUUUAUUUUGUUUUCAUUGUCAGACGUUUGGGGAAAACCUUGUUUUUAUCAUCACUUUGGUUUUAUUCCAGCCUACUUUGCUUUUCAGUGUUACCACUGGUGAUGUGCGAUACCGCCGAUGUGACCUAUCCGAGCCGAUACCGAGUCAAUUCACGAUACCUAAUGUGCCUGGUAAAGUUGACAAAAAAAGUAAUGCAUCUCGUAGCGUAAAGAACGCAAGACUAAGAGUUAUUUCUUUCUUUCAAUUGAGGUAUAUUGGUGUUGUGAUGUCAAUGACGAUGUAAUGCAACAGAACAAAUUCAUACAAAGUACACAAAAAUGGUGUUAUAGCCCAUAAAAAAGGAAAUAAGCAAUAAAAUAAUUAAUUAAUAAGCGCUAUUAUUAGAAUAAAAAGGGGGGGAAAACAACAGUAAAAUUGAAGAAAAGAAGCAAGAAUUUCGGAAUUUAAUGAGAAAAAGCUUUUUUUUUUCUUUUAUUGUAUUUUUUUAUAAUUAUGACUCUUCAUCUCAUAAUUUCGACUUUUUUAUCUCAUAAUUUUGACUUUUUAAUUUCAUAAUUUCGAUUUUUUUUUUAUCUCAUAAUUUUGACUUUUUAAAUCUCAUAAUUUCGAUUUUUUAUCUCAUGGGGGGGUUACCCACAUAUGCGGUCCUCUCCAAGGUUUCUCAUAGUCAUUCACAUCGACGUCCCACUGGGGUGAGUUUUUCCCUUGCCCUUAUGUGGGCUUUGUACCGAGGAUGUCAUUGUGGCUUGUGCAGCCCUUUGAGACACUUGUGAUUUAGGGCUAUAUAAAUAAACAUUGAUUGAUUGAUAAUUUUGAUUUUUUAAUCUCAUAAUUUCGAUUUUUUUUUUAUCUCAUAAUUUCGACUAUCUCACAAUUAUGACUAUUUCAUAAUUACGGUUUUUUAUCUCAUAAUUAUGACACUUAAGCAAUAAUAAAAGUCUAAUAAAAGUCAUAAUUAUGAGAGGAAGAGUAAUAAUUAUGAGAUAAAAAGUCAUAAUUAUGACAUAAAAAAGUCAUUAGGAGAUAAAAAGUCAUAAUUAUGAAUUAAAGAAAGUCAUAAUUAUAAGAUAAAAAGUAAUAAUUAUGACAUAAUAAGUAAAAGUCAUAAUUAUAUGAUAAAAAAGUCAUUAUGAUAUAAAAAUUCAUAAUUGUGAAAUAAAGAAAGUCAUAAUUAUAAGAUAAAAAGUCAUUAUUAUGAGAUAGAAAGUAAUAAUUACGAGAUAAAAAGUCAUAAUUAUAAGAUAAAAAGUCAUAAAAUGAGAUAAAGAAAGUCAUAAUUAUAAGAUAAAAAGUCAUAAUUAUAAGAUCAAAAGUCAUAAUUAUGAGAUAAAGAAAGUCAUAAUUAUAAUAUAAAAAGUCAUAAUUAUAAGAUAAGUCAUAAUUAUGAGAUAAAGAAAGUCAUAAUUAUAAGAUAAAAAGUCAUAAUUAUAAGAUAAAAAGUCAUAAUUAUGAGAUAAAGAAGGUCAUAAUUAUAAGAUAAAAAAAUCAUAAUUAUAAGAUAAAAAUUCAUAAUUAUGAGAUAAAGAGUCAUAAUUAUGAGAUAAAAAGUCAUAAUGAGAUUAA